AUGCUGAGGAGCGACCUCCAUUCUGAGCGAGCCUUGCCCGUGAUCAGCUACUUUAUUCGUUCUCGUCAGCAAGGUCCGAAUGAGUGCUUGGCCGACAUCUUCCAAAGUGUCAAGCGAGGUGUCGGUAUUGAUGAUAGGCCUAUUCCUGACGAGAGUUUGCCUCUCAAAGCGGCUUUUGAAAAGCUUAUUCAGGAUGGUCCCGGCAAGAUCAAAAACGCUCCCACGGUAACCAUCGUCGGCGCCGGUACGUCCGGCCUCUGUGCUGGCUAUGAACUGAAGAGAGCAGGCUUCGACGUGACCAUCUUGGAAGCUUCAUCCAGAGUCGGUGGCCGCGUCAAAACAUUUCGCGAGCCAACAUUUGCCCAUGGACUCCAUGGCGAGGGCGGAGCAAUGCGAAUUCCACAAAACCAUUACUUGCUGCACAGAUACAUUGAGGACUUUGGCCUCAAGGACGACCUCUUUGAUUUCGAGAUGCAGAACAAAUUCAUAUACAUUUCAGGCUAUGGGGAAACACUGACAUACGAGCGCUUCAAUAAGAUGCUCAAACACGAGGACCCCCAGCUUCUCCGGCUGUUUCCCCACCUGAAGACGUCCGAAAAGCAACAAACUGUUGAUGAUCUGUUCACUGCAGCGGUCAAGCCAGUUGUGAAUGAAUUCUGGGACACAUAUGACGCAUGCAUCGCACCAGAAAAAUGGAAUCCGGAUGAGAUCAACAUGGACGCCCUCACAAAGGCAUAUGUCAAAAUCACGGACAUUUAUGACAAGUAUACCUUGAGGGCUUACUUGACCGAGGUUGCGCACUGGAGCCAGGACGCCAUAAAUCUCUACAAUCUGGGCAACGCCCACGUUGUCUUCGAGAAUGGUUUUAUCGAAUCUUUCAAGGACGCAUUUCUGUCCAGUAACAAGGGGGGUGCACAAGCUCACAUGCAACAGCUUCAGCAAGGUAUGGACGCUGUGCCGAAUGCAUUUGUGUCGCCGGACAGAGGAGAGAGAUCUCUUGUAGACAAUAUCACCUUUGGUGCUCGAGUCAGCAGCAUUGGCCUAGACGAGACUCAAGGUCCUGGUGUUCCAACCAAAGCCCCUGUUACAGUGACCUACGACAUCGUAGGAACCGGACGCAAGAAGACCAUCACCUCGGACUAUCUCAUUUUGGCUAUUCCUUAUACUUCACUGGCAUCCAUCACCAGGACUACACCAUUCCUUCCCAUGCAGGAUAUGGCCAUUCGUGAAGUCCGCUACGUCGAGGUCACCAAGGUCCUGCUGCAGUACAAGAAACGCUGGUGGGAGGAAGUUUUUGAUAAGCACGGACAAGGAUUCGAUGGAGGCCUAGUCAGUGACUUGCCAAUCCGAUAUACCAUGUUUCCCAAGACCAAAGACAAUGACCAGUUCAAAAACUCGAACCGAGGCGUCAUCAUGGCAGCGUAUACAUUCCAGCAAGACGCAACCAUCCUGGGCUCGCUGUCGCCGCAGAACGCCAUUAGGACGGCCGCCGAGAACAUUGAUCGCAUCUUUCCCGAGGCCAAGUCCAUGGAUCUCCUAGAGGCUGGGGCCUCUCAGGUGUUCCCGGCCGACGAGCUCGCGGGUGGUAGCGCUUUCUGCUACUUUGGCCCCAUGCAAAAGUCAACCUUCUACAAUACCAUGCAAGAGCCGGAUUGGGAUAAUAGGGUCUUCUUUGCUGGUGAGCAGGUUAGCUUCACGCACGGAUGGAUUCACGGAGCGUUCGAGGCAGGCUUGCGAUGCGUCCAGCAGAUCUGGGAAGCGGCCAGCAAGGAGGUUGUUCAGUAA